GAUUGUAUAAGACGCUGUGGCUUUCAAACAAGACCCAAAUCCAUUCGCAGCUUGUUUGCGAUGACGGAGACUACGACGACGGGAGAGUCGAGUGUUGGCUUAGAAGGAUACAAGGAAAACAACAUAAAGAAAGCGAGGUUGCAGUCGACGCUGGCCGCGCUUAUAAACGAUCCCAUACUUUCCGACGUCCCCAGAAAACCGACCCUAUCGGAUGUCGACACUCUCCUCAGCCUCGAACUCGGCAGCGCCAUGCGCAUCAAUGUCCUCAAACUCGACGCUACUUCUUUCGAUGUGGCGCUGUCGAACUCUGCUACGGUGAAGGACCUCAAGCUUGCGAUCAAAACGAAAGUUAACGAGAUGGAGCAGUCCAAGAUGGGUCACCGCCACAUUUCAUGGAAGCAUGUGUGGCGGAAUUUUUGCAUCUCAUACCACAAUGAGAAGUUACUGGACGACAAUGCGGCUGUUGAGGAGUACGGCAUUCGCAACAAUUCUCAGGUGCAUUUUGUUGCUUGUGUUAUGUCAAAGGAUUCUAGGAGGCAUUCGAAGAGGAGGAGACAUCGCUUCUUUCAUGGUCUUAGCAAGCGAAUGUGAUCUCGAUGUUAAUUCAUCUCUAUUUGCUUCGCUUAUCCUUGUGGAUCUUUUUAAUCAGAAUGUGAUCUCAGUGGGCCAUUGGUACUGCUAUAAUGUAUCAUGUGAGAUAUAUCAAUCAAAACCCUUCCAUUUCCUGGAUUAUCAUUCUUUG